CUUUGACGAGACCAAGUCAGUCGUCUCAUUUAUCAACAAAAAUAAAUAAAAAGACAAUAAUGGGUACUUUGGUCAACGGUACUAUUCCGGCGAUGAAGUGUCCCAAGAAUGUGGCGAUGAUGAAGGCAACGUCCAACGGAGUGUUCGAUGGAGAGAGUCCAUUAGAUUUCGCUUUUCCUCUUGUCAUUCUUCAGAUUUGCCUCGUCGUCGCCGUCACUCGCUCUUUGGCCUUCCUUCUCCGUCCCAUGAGACAACCACGUGUUGUCGCCGAGAUCAUUGGUGGCAUACUUCUGGGUCCGUCGGCUCUCGGUAGAAUCACGUCGUACAAGAAUUCAAUUUUUCCGGCGAGAAGUCUAACGGUGCUCGACACUCUAGCAAACCUCGGCCUCCUUCUCUUCCUCUUCCUCGUCGGACUCGAGAUCGAUCUGACAUCUCUCCGCCGCACUGGCAAAAAAGCUAUUUCCAUCGCCGCCGCCGGAAUGCUCCUCCCCUUCGGUAUGGGCAUCGUCACCUCCUUCGCUUUCCCUGAAGCUUCAUCUUCCGGCGACAAUAGCAAAGUAGUUCCGUUCAUCAUUUUCAUGGGAGUCGCACUCUCGAUCACUGCUUUUGGAGUUUUGGCUCGAAUCCUCGCUGAAUUAAAGCUUCUCACUACCGAUCUCGGCCGUAUUUCAAUGUCCGCCGCCGCAAUUAACGACGUCGCCGCUUGGGUUCUCCUUGCUCUCGCUGUAUCUCUCUCCGGCGAUAAGAAUUCUCCGCUUGUUCCUCUCUGGGUUCUGUUAAGUGGAAUCGCGUUUGUGAUCGCGUGUUUUUUAAUCGUACCGCGAGUUUUCAAAUUCAUCGCUCGGCGUUGCCCAGAAGGCGAACCGAUAGGCGAAAUGUACGUUUGCGUCGCUCUUUGCUCGGUUCUGAUCGCGGGUUUCGCGACAGACGCGAUUGGAAUUCACGCGAUUUUCGGUGCGUUUGUGAUGGGCGUUCUGUUUCCCAAAGGACAUUUUGCAGACGCGAUAGUGGAGAAGAUUGAAGAUCUCGUAAUGGGUCUUCUUCUACCAUUGUACUUCGUUAUGAGCGGUUUGAAAACGGAUAUAACUACGAUUCAAGGUGUGAAAUCGUGGGGACGACUCGCGUUGGUGAUCGUCACAGCUUGUUUUGGCAAAAUCGUUGGGACUGUGAGUGUUGCCUUGUUAUGCAAGGUAGGGCUUCGUGAAUCCGUUGUUCUUGGGGUUUUAAUGAACACAAAGGGUUUAGUGGAGCUAAUUGUUCUCAACAUUGGCAAAGACAGAAAGGUUUUGAGCGACCAGACUUUUGCAAUUAUGGUUCUCAUGGCGAUAUUCACCACAUUCAUCACAACGCCAAUAGUGUUGGGGUUAUACAAACCAAGCGAGACAACGCAAACGUAUAGUAGCGGCAGCUACAAGAACCGCAAACAUAGACGCAAGAUUGAGAAUGAUGAAGAAGGCGAGAAAACGCAGCAGCUUAAGGUUUUGGUAUGUCUUCAAAGCAGUAAAGAUAUUGAUCCGAUGAUGAAAAUAAUUGAAGCUACUCGUGGAAGCAACGAAACCAAAGAAAGAUUUUGCGUUUACGUUAUGCAUUUAACUCAACUCUCCGAGAGACCUUCUUCCAUUCGAAUGGUUCAAAAGGCGAGAAGAAACGGAGUGCCCUUUUGGAACAAGAAAAGAGAUAACUCUAGUGCGGUUACAGUCGCGUUCGAGGCCUCUAGUAAGCUAAGUAGCGUUUCUGUGCGUUCUGUGACCGCGAUUUCACCGUUGUCAACAAUUCAUGAGGAUAUAUGUAGCUCUGCGGAUAGUAAACGUGCAACGUUUGUGAUUUUGCCGUUUCAUAAGCAAUGGAGAUCUCUGGAGAAAGAAUUCGAAACGGUGAGAUCGGAGUAUCAGGGGAUUAACAAAAGAGUUCUUGAGAAUUCACCGUGUUCUGUAGGAAUUUUGGUUGAUCGUGGUCUUGGCGACAAAAAUUCUCUGGUAGCUUCGAGCAACUUUUCACUUUCCGUUAAUGUUCUGUUCUUUGGCGGUUGUGAUGAUCGUGAAGCUUUGGUUUACGGGUUACGAAUGGCAGAACAUCCGGGCGUUAACAUGACCGUUGUUGUUAUCUCUGGUCCGGAGAGAUCAAGAUUUGAUAUACUUGAAGCGCAAGAAACAUCUCUAUUUUCGUCAGACGAGCAAUUCCUUGCCACAAUCAAGAAAAGGGCCAAUGCAACACGAUUUGAAGAGAGGACGGUGAAUUCAACGGAGGAAGUGGUUGAGAUUAUCGGCAAAUUUUGCGAGUGCGAUAUUUUAUUGGUCGGGAAAUCUUCCAAAGGACCUAUGGUUUCAAGAUUACCGGUUAUGAAGAUAGAGUGUCCAGAACUUGGACCGGUCGGAAACUUGAUCGUGUCAAAUGAGAUUUCUACUUCAGUUUCUGUUUUGGUGGUUCAACAGUACACCGAGAAAAGUCCUUCUGUGGUGGGUUCCGUCACUGUCCCGGUGGUGGAGACGCCAUGAAAAUCUGAAAACAGAGGAUUGUGUUUUCUUUAACUUGAAGCACAAAACAAGAUAGAUAACACAAAACACUCUUAUGUAUCAACAUGCAUGAAUUAAAUGAUCCCCCUUUAU